AUGAAAUCAUUCGAGAUCAUUGCCCCUUACUUUGCUUGGGUCAACAAAGAGAACUUCCCAUAUAUUGUCCAAGUUUAUGGACAAUUGGAUAUCCCAUUCUGGGACGACUAUUCUGAAUCCUUUCAUCAAUCUAGUACCGAUGUAAUUCAAGCCUUUCAAUCCUCGUUCAAGUUUCUUGACUUGACUUUUCGUCCGUUUCUGCAGCUACUUUUCAUCAUCUUCAGUGGCCUGUUCGAGGUUCUUUUGAAGCAGGGACUGAUCAGUUUGCAAAAGGGUUCUACACAAGCGAAAGCAGGAACGAUAUGGUUCUACAACUUCCAACGAAGCUUGACAAAAGAGCAAGUUCUGGGGGAAAUCGGGAUCGUGGGCUUCUUUUUCGGUAUUUACUUUUUGAGAAAGUGGUUGAAACGCCAAACGUAUUGGGCUCGAGCCACAAAAUGGUUUUCCAAUCAGAAGAAGAAGGUCAAAAAGUCCUACACAAAUGCUGUCAAACGACUUUCCAAAGUUUCUCUUGUUCUUGCCAUGACCGUACCGCAUCUCUUUUUCCUCGGGAUUGUCGUAGCGUCAAAGAUUUUGAUGCCUCGUGCUCUUGAAUGGGUAGUACACGAGACUUACACGACGACCACAAUGUCCUUGUGCUAUCCAUUUUUCUCCACUCUACUAUUGAUACAUGGUCGAAGACAGGAAGACAAGAGUCCCGAUGAAAACACGACUCUGCUUGCCAAGGAUGGUGAGAUAUCAGCUGGAAAGGCAACAAAGAGCAAAACUGUGGCUGAAUUGAAAGUAUCAUCAACCAACAAGUCUCGAAUGAACAAGAAGACUUCAGAUGGAUCUGGACGAACGGACUCGGCAUCGUUUUGGCUGCAAUACUGGAUCACGUAUUCCAUCAUCCAAGCUUUUGGCCAGUUCUGUCAUAUGGUUCCAGUGUUUGGUCGCUUUGUAGCCAAGCAUCCUUUCUUUCAGAGUCUAUCAGCCGAAUUCAAGCUCUUCUUCUUCGUUUGGAUCUUCACAAUGGAAGCACUCAUGGGCGGCAAUACCGAGGAGGCCUUCUUGGCUCAAGCUACGCCCUUGAAACUGACAACUCGAUACUUAAAUCCGGUCAUUUUGGACCUGGAUACGGUUGUGUCGCAGGCAAUUUCUGCUGCAAAAUGGAAGAAACUAGUCUUCUCCAAGGCACAAAGAGUCCUCGAUGUCUUUGUUAUGGUUCGCCUACUGUCAGAAGAAAGAAAAGACUGGUUGUUACACAUCCUUGAAGAAAGUCGUGUUCUCUUGAUUCCUUCCAUUACGUUGAUGAUGCCCAGCUUUGCAACACAGUUUGGAGUUGCUUACGUCCAAUACAUUGUUCCAAGUGCCAAGUCUGCUCAUGCUCGUGGAGCAAAUUCGCAACUCAUGUUCCUGCAAUACUGGGUAUUGCACUGUAUUUUCUUGGGCCUCUUGACAUGGCUGGCUCCGUUGCUUUGGUGGAUCCCAUUCUCCACACAUGUCAUGUUCAUUGCAUGGUGUAACUUGAGCUUUCCGAAGACUAUCGACAAAUACUAUGGAGUGCUCGAGAUGGAGCUCAUCACCUUUGGAAUUCUUUCUGGAACUUCUGGUAUUGCAGUCAAUGACACCCAUACUGCGCAACUUAUAAAUGCCAUAUCCAAGCGACUACCCAGCGCUCAGGAUGGCGACAGCAUAAAGUCGGCGACGGCAACAGACGGAAAACAAGCGUCAAGUGUAUCAGUGCCGAACUUGAGGAGCGAAAAGUCGGUAACCUCCCUUUCCUCCGCUCGUGAAAAAGACGCAAACAGCACAUCGCCAGGGGCCGGUGAUGCCAGUGUUGCGUCGAGUCCUUUACCCUAA